CUUUAGUAGAAAGGGGGGAGGGACUGAGAAGUUGUCGAUGUUCACAUUUUUUGGCUAAGUCCUGGAUCUUCACAAUCCUACCUACAGCACCUUUAAAGUACUGCAGUCAAAAACUUACUUAAUAAAAGUACAAAUGUAUUGGUAUCAAAAUAUACUUAAAGUACAAAAAGUAAAAGCACUCAAACGCAGAACGGCCCAUUUCAGAAUAUUUAUUAUUGGAUUACAAUUAUUGAUGCAUUAAUGUGUUCAUUACUUUAAUGCAGCUGGUAAAGGUGGAGCUCAUUUGAAUUGCUGCUGAAUAGCUUAAUAAUACAUAAUGUAUUAGUUUAUAUGUUUUUCUAUCAAUAAUCUGAAUCUACAAAGUACCUAAAGUUAUUGAACAAAUCUAGUGAAGUAAAAAGUACAAUAUUUCUCUCUGAGAUGUGAUGGAUAAGAAGUAUAAAAUGAAAAACUUAAGUAAAAAACUUCCACCACUGCUUUCUCUUAGACUUUCAUUGACAUCUUCAUCAGCCAAUAAGCUGAUAAAGAACCAGUUAGUAAAUGGGCCUUGAGUUAAGAUUAAUUUGUCAAACUACUAUUCACAAGUUUAAGAGUGAACUUUGAUAUUCAAGUUAAAAAACAUUUGCCACGAUACUGAAAGUUCAUUCUUCUGAUGAAACGAUCUCAAAAAUAAGAAAGUUGGGAUUCUGUUGUUCUUGUGUGAAACCAGCUUAAGGAAAAUGUUUUCCAUCUGUUGCAAACACAGGAGACUCUGGGUGGUAUUUAACAUGUUAACAAUGUGCUGCUCAGAUAUUACUGUUCUAUUCUUUUUACAGUAUGUGCAGGUUAUUUUUUUACAUUUUAUAAUUAAAAUAAUCUGGAAUCAUUUCAUUGUUUGUUUUUUUCUUGAACACAGGCAUUGUUAGCAUCGGGAACUGUUCUGUUUACACACUGGCACCCUUUCCACUGAUGUUACACUGAGAUCUCCUCAUGUUGACUUUUUGCUUCAGCUGCAGGUCAACAAUAGAAAUGCACAGAUGAUUUGUGUUUUUGUUCCUUAACUCACAGAAACCAACAGACCACAGAAGCAAAGAGAAAAUUUCUUUCACUCACAAUUCAAUUAUUGAAUCUACACUGCUGCAUUGUUCUGCUGGCUAUGCAGCACAGCGUUGCAGCUUAAAAGGGUUUGCUCAGAUUGAGAUGAAGACAAGCAGCCAUGUCAGCUCUGAGGACUCUAGCUGUUCUUGCUUUAAUAGCAGGUGUGUCCAGCAGUCAGACUUCAGACUGCUCAUACAUCGGCCUUCUGGAACACUUGAACCUGACAACAACAAAUGAUCUUCUAGCGAUUGUGCGACCAGUGAAAUACUGGAAUAAGACCACCUUUGUUCAGAUUGACAUGUUGUUGUGUGGUAUUUUACAAGUGGAUGAGAAGUCACAAACUUUCACGAGUCACAUCUGGACCCGAAUGCAUUGGAUAAAUGAAUUCCUAACUUGGAAUUCAUCCGACUUUUGUGGGAUUAACAUGCUGACCAUCCCUAGAUCCAUGCUUUGGAUCCCAGAUAUGCAUAUCCAAGAGGAUACCUCUGAUGCUGGGAGCAUUCAAGAAAGUCCAUUUGUCAGUUUGUCUCCCAGUGGCAUGGUGUUGGCAAACACACGUCAGCUGCUGACCUCCACCUGUCAGAUGAAUCUCACCCUGUUCCCCUUUGAUAUGCAACAUUGCAAUAUCACAUUUUCAUCCAUGAACUCACAAGCGAAUACUAUAACACUGGGAACAGUCUACAAUGACACGGUGCUUACUCAAAUCUCAGAGCAGAUCAUGGUCACACAAGGAGAAUGGCAACUCAUUCACAUGGACAUUGUUUCUAUGUCUUUUUACAAAGGUGUGGGAAACAAACUUAUAUACAGGGUUACACUCUGCAGGAAGCCAAUGCUUUAUGUUAUCAAUUUAAUCGUGCCACUGUUGUAUUUUCUGGUCCUGGAUUUGGCCACCUUCUUUAUCAGUGAGGCCAGAGGUGAAAAGCUGAGCUUCAAAGUGACUGUCCUCCUGUCCAUCUCCGUCCUACUGCUGAUUCUUAAAGACAUGUUGCCCUCUACUGAAGACAGGCUGCCGAUGAUAGCCAGGUACUGUGUUACGAUCUUCGCCAUGGUGGGGCUGAGCAUUCUGGAGACCAUGCUGGUGAGCUUCCUAAUUGAUCUCAACGGUUGCUGUGGUAACAAGGCUCAAAGCUCCGUUAAUGCCCAAGUGGAUAUUCAGCUGGAAGCCGACAAUCACAAAGAGCCUGGUGGAGCUGAAGAGACCCCAGAGAAAAGUUCCUUUCCUCUGGAUCAGCCCGAUGAUCGCGACUUGCUGAAACUAAUCCUGGAGGAAGUGAAGGCCGCUCGACAGGAAGCUGAAGGACAAGACAAAACCAAGAUAAAGCCUGGACACUACAGAAGACUGGCCCAAAUCAUAGACUCUGUUUUCUUCACCCUCUAUUUGGUAGCUGUUGCAGUUUUUUUGAGACACAUGUAUUCAGUGUGGGUUUCACAAUAUAUUAAUAGUAAUUAGAUCAGUUGUUCUCAAGCUUUUUUCAAUAAUGUACCCCC